AUAAAAAAUAAAUAAAUAAAUAAAAUGCUUUGAAACGGAGAGAGAAACUAGAGAGAGAAAGAGACCAAGCUAAUUAGUGUAGAAGAAACAGAGACGCUGUGUGUGUGAGUGAGUGAGUGAGUGAGUGUGUGUGAGAGAGAAAGAGAAAGAGAAAGAGAGAGAAAGCAGAGAAAACCCGAAGCAGUUUUCUCACUCUUUUUAAUCGGAACCUCUCAUUCCGCGUUCAGAUUGCGUCCCCCAUUUGGUCCGUACAAUGGAGCGGUACGGGCGGGCCAGCGAAGGGUCGCAGUCUGAUCCGUCGCCGGAAUGGACUUUGGCCGCCGGCGCCGACGCCGGCCUCGAAGAGUCGUCGUGGCAACUCGGAUUAGCCGGUGCUGAAUCGUACCCUAUGCGUCCCGACGAGGCUGAUUGUAUCUACUAUUUGAGAACGGGAUUUUGCGGUUACGGCACACGCUGUCGUUUCAACCAUCCUCGAGACCGUGCCGCGGUUAUUGGAGCUGCGGCGAGGACUGGAGGGGAGUUUCCAGAGCGCGUGGGACAGCCUGUGUGCCAGUACUUUAUGAGGACCGGAUUGUGCAAAUUUGGUGUGUCCUGCAAGUACCACCAUCCUAGGCAGGCGGCAGGCACUGCUACCCCUGUGCCACUAAAUUAUUAUGGGUACCCAUUGCGAGUGGCUGAGAAAGAGUGUUCCUAUUAUGUGAAAACUGGACAGUGCAAGUUUGGUGCAACUUGUAAAUUCCACCAUCCACAGCCUGCAGGCGUCCAAGCUCUAGCACCAUCACCAGUUCCUCCAGUUUCACCUCUGCCUGUACCUGUACCUUCACCAAUGUAUCCAACUGUACAGAUCCCAUCUGGUCCUUCACAACAACAAUAUGGUGUACUUGUUGCAAGACCACCUAUGCUACCUGGCUCAGUAGUCCAGGGUCCCUAUGGGCCUAUGGUAGUGUCCCCUGCCAUGGUCCCUUUUUCAGGCUGGAGUCCUUAUCAGGCUCCUGCCACAAACCCUGUACUUCCAUCUAGCAAUACGUCUAAUGCUGGUUCAACACAGUUUUAUGGGAUAAGCCAGCUUCCUUCAUCACCAGCUACUUUUACUGGACCUUAUCAACCUUCUGGUUCCUCAAUUGGUCCUUCAGGUGCUAGCCAGAAGGAGCAUCCAUUUCCAGAAAGGCCUGAUCAACCAGAAUGUCAUCAUUACAUGAAAACAGGGGAGUGUAAAUUUGGUCUGUCGUGUAGAUAUCAUCAUCCACCAGACAAGAGUGCACCAAAAGCAACUGUAACCCUUAGUCCUGUGGGUCUUCCUUUGCGUCCGGGGGCACCACCUUGCACUCAUUAUACCCAGCGUGGAGUUUGCAAGUUUGGUUCUGCAUGCAAAUUUGAUCAUCCUAUGGGAUCACUCAGUUAUAGUCCAUCUGCCUCUUCCUUAGCUGAUAUGCCAGUGGCACCCUAUCCUGUGGGUUCCUCAAUUGGUACUCUUGCCCCGUCAUCUUCAUCAUCAGAGUUGCGGCCUGAACUUGGUGCAGGAUCCAACAAGGAGUCUGUUGCAUCCAGAAUGUCUUCAAUGAGCACAUCAACUGGAUCAGUUGGCAUGACUUUGUCAAGCGUUGGACCCAUUUCUCACUCAAGCACCCAACCAUCUGCUCAGAGUUCCAGUUCUCCAGCAACUACCAGUGCUACCACAAGUAGCACUGUCUCUCACACCUCAAGCUAAGCAAUGUGAAUGCAUUCCUCAUUAUUACUCCUUUUUAUCUCAAUUUUUCAACUGGCCAUCAUUACUCAAGGAGGUUCUCAAAUAGGUUUUAUUUUUCAAUUAUCCCAGCUCCACAUUCAGGCCUAGCACACAUUGCACCAAUUGUCUCUGUAUUCAUAUAAUCUUUUUGUGGCCAUCCCUUUGAUCUUGAAUAAACCAUGGCCAACCUUGAGAAUUUUAGCAACCCAUACACGCACCUUGCUUUUGAAUAACUUCAAAAGAAUCUGCAACUCCAUUAUGCACAUGUCCAUUCACAUCUCCAAUUUUCGUAGUUUGUUGUGCUUAUUAUGCUUCUAUCUUUUUUUAUAUGAGAAAAUUUCUGCUCGGAGUUUCAUUGACCAUGUGUAAUCUCUCUUCACGUUAACCCUUUUUUUGCAAUUGGGAAUAAUAUCUUCUUCUGCCUGGAAGGUCCUGUUUGCACUGUUCCCAACUUAUCUAAGGUUUGAAGUGAAGAGAAGUAAUCAGGAGACUACAAUGAGGCUUCACAUUGCUAUCUUUUAUGAUUUUAGAUACACGGUGAUGUUGUGACAAGUGAAAUGCUUGACUUGGUACUUAAAUUUGUUACACAAUACAUAUUUGAAGAAACACAUUUAAAUUAACACAUUUGAAUGUCUAAUAAUCUAUUUUGCUCUGCCAUUUUUUACCUGUCAA